CUCCAAAUUAUUCACGUGCAUUUAUUGAUUAUUUUUUCAACACUACCUCUACUUCAAAAACUCAAAGAAAAUACUCACAAUGGAUUUAUUUAACGGAUCUAAUUUGGAGGACAGUGUUGAAGCAUUAAACAUCUCCUCGAAUUUCACAUCUCGGAGACCAUACACCCAGCUCUCUAUCUGGAGUCUGGCCGGACUUGUAAGCUUUCUGAUUUUAUUCACAAUAGUCGGAAACGUCUUGGUUGUGAUUGCUGUUUUAACCAGCAGAGCGUUGAAACCACCUCAGAACCUUUUUCUGGUGUCCCUGGCUAGUGCAGACAUACUGGUGGCCACCCUGGUCAUGCCCUUUUCUCUUGCAAAUGAACUCAUGGGCUACUGGUUUUUUGGCAAAAUUUGGUGUGACAUCUAUCUGGCUCUUGACGUUUUAUUCUGCACUUCCUCUAUUGUUCACCUGUGUGCUAUCAGUUUGGACAGGUACUGGUCGGUGACACAGGCUGUGGAGUAUAACUUAAAGAGAACCCCAAAGAGACUUAAAGGUAUGAUUGUGGUGGUCUGGUUGAUUUCAGCUGUAAUAUCCUUCCCACCACUGAUAUCAAUGGACAGGACCAGCAGUGAGUCAAGUCCCCAGUGUAUCCUGAAUGAUGAGACUUGGUACAUCCUUUACUCCAGUAUUGGCUCAUUUUUUGCCCCCUGUGUCAUCAUGAUCCUGGUCUAUAUUCGGAUCUACCAAGUUGCAAAGACCAGGACCAGGACAAUGUCGGAAAAGAAGAGGGAUGUAGACUCACCACUGGAAAAUGGGAUGGACCAAGCUGAACCAGGCAGAGAAGGAUCAUUAAAGUCUAACAAAGAUGUCAGCAUGAAACAACAGGAACGUGAGAAUGGGCACUGCCAACAGCCAGCAGUACGAUCCUCUUUACGUGAUGAGGCAAAACAACAGGCAGCAGACCAAGACGAUGAUUUUGAGGACAGCAGUUCCUCAGAUGAGAAACCUAAAAAGGGUUUCAGUUUCUCUAAACAUCAGCAUGAUGACAGAAAAGACAGGAAGUUCAGCCGGAAAAGCAGCUCAGCCUCCAAAUAUUCAAGCCGGAAGUCCCGUUCCAGUUCUAAGUCUAUGGAGCUCUUCUCAUCUCGUCGCAAACGUAGAAGCACCGUCAAUCGAAAGAAAGUCUCUGCUGCUCGAGAGAAGCGUUUCACCUUCGUCCUAGCUGUCGUCAUGGGUGUUUUCGUUGUCUGCUGGUUCCCAUUCUUCUUCUCCUACAGCUUGUAUGGAGUCUGUCGGGAGCUGUGCAAGAUCCCUGAUCCGUUGUUCAAGUUUUUUUUUUGGAUUGGCUACUGCAACAGCUCGCUGAAUCCGGUCAUCUAUACUAUCUUCAACCAAGACUUCCGCAGAGCCUUCCAGAAGAUCCUCUGCAAGUCAUGGAAACACUCUUUCUAAAUGGUUGGUGCAUGGAUGGAUGAAAUGUUGGAUUUCGGGGAAGGGGUGAUGGUUGCCUGUACUAACAGAGAUUUUACUCAAAAUGAAGGAUUGUUAAUGGACGAAUGGGCUACACCUAAGUGCAAAAAAAGCCUUAAAAUGCAAGAAUGAUCUGACUACACACGAAAGAGGCCCUCAUUUGACACCAUCAGUGUGGACUCUGAAGGUGCCUUGUAUACCCUCUUUUUAUUAACUUCUUCAUAUAUAAUAAACUGACUCAUUACACACUAUGAUGUUCACACAUCACAGUGGCUUAAUGUGCUUGACCAUGACCAGGAAGCAAACUGUUUACAGAGACACUUUAUAUAUAAAUGGUCUUCAUCCACUGAAUAUAACGCCAAGGCCUUGACAAUUCCUUCACAACUGUGUCUUGAUAAAUCAGUGAUAUCUAUCUUCUCUUUUUGUCUCUUAUUCAAUGGUUCUCUUUCUUCCAUUGCAACACAAAAAACAAUUGAUCAACGGGAUGAUGGGGCUCCUUGAUAUUUUAGUAGCAAGUUUUGUAAAAAACAAAAAAAAACAAAGACGAACACUUUAAUCAUAACUUUUCUUUACUGUUCUGCAUGCGGCUGAAAUGAGUUUCAAGAGUGGACUGUUGAAAAAAUAAAAAUUGACAUUCUUGAAGUUUAACUUACAUGUGAGGUACUGACUGUGUCUUGACAUUCUUACAUUAUGUAUACUUAAAUGUCAACAUGGGCGUUUCCUCUUACUAACACAUUUUUGCACCUUUUCCUCACGCUAUUAAUGGAACAACAGUGUCCAGUCAAGGCAGAUGAGCAGCCACUAAGGCUUUCAUUGUGUUUAUGCAACAUUGUGCUUUUCUUGUGUGUGCAUAAGAAAAAGAGGGACAAAGUGUGUAGCAUGUGGGUGGAACUGUGUUUGAUAAAGUGCUAUGGUGAGUUAACCACAUCUUACCCCAUCUGCCAGGCAGAGGUCUGGUGUGUGUGUGUGUGUGUGUGUGUGUGUGUGUGUGUGUGUGUGUGUGUGUGUGUGCGUCUGUGCGUGUGUGGUGCCUGUAGGUCCAUUUGUAUAACCCUGUUUUUCAAAGAGCCUGGUUCUCUUUGGUCAAGUGUCACAACUCAAAAAUCAUAACCAGACAUGUAUACAUGUGAAAAUGUAUUGUUUGAACAAUGCUCUUCAAGUUUUUCAUCAUUCUGUAUUCAUUUUAAAAGAACAAAUGUUCAUUUUCUGCCUUGAGCACAUUCUAAAAGAUCAAAUAAAGACUAUUUUUAUCAAUUGAAAAA